UAAUUUAUGAAACAAAAUCUUUGUUGCAUAGGUUGUACUUUCUUGGUUUAAGAACAACGCAGCCACAAAACCACCUGGUGUAAUGAUGCCAAUACCACAGUAUCCUCUGUUUUCUUCAACUGUAACGGAGUAUGGCAUGUACCAAAUCAAUUAUUAUUUAAACGAAGAAAAGCAAUGGGCAGUGGAUAUCGAAGAGUUACAAAGAGCCAUCAAUUUAUCUAAGCCAUACUGUGAACCUAAAAUUUUAGUGAUCAUUAAUCCGGGAAAUCCUGUUGGUUCUGUUAUGUUGCAGAAGGACAUGCAGAAUAUCAUCAAAUUUGCUUAUGAAGAAAAGCUUCUCAUUUUCGCAGAUGAGGUAUAUCAAUACAAUGUUUAUGAUUCAGAUUCGAAGUUCUAUUCGUUCAAGAAAGUGAUGAAAGAAAUGGGCCUUCCAUACAGUAAUAUGCAACUUGCAUCCUUCAUGUCUGCAUCCAAAGGAUACAUGGCAGAAUGUGGCUCAAGAGGUGGAUACUGUGAAUUUGUGAAUCUUGAUAAGGAGAUAAAAGAUAUAUUGAUGAAAUUACAUUGCGUAAGAUUAAGCGGAAACAUACAUGGGCAGAUAAUUAUGUAUUGCAUAUCGAAUCCACCCGGACCAGAUGAGCCCUCCUAUGAGCUGUUUGAACAGGAAAAGUCGAGCAUUCUACAAUCUCUGAAAGAAGGGGCCCAGUAUUACUAUGAAAAGCUUAAUAGUGUUGAAGGUUUAUCUUGCAGUAAAAUAGCUGGAUCUAUAUAUGCAUUUCCAAAGAUUGAACUUUCAAAGAAAGCCUUAGAAGAAGCUCAGAAACGGAAGCAAAGUCCUGAUGAAUUUUACGCAAUGGAAUUAGUCGAAACCGCUGGGAUAUCUGUACAGCCAGGUUACUUCUUCGGCCAAAGACCAGAAACAUAUCAUUUUCGAUUAACAAUCCUGCCUCAGACGGACAAAUUAAAGAUAAUCAUACAACGCAUUCUUGAGUUUCAUUUGCAAUUCUUAGAGAAAUACAAGGACUGAAUUUGGUUUGAGGAAUGUCACUCUUCUUAAAUAUCAGUGUUGAAUUACUUAUUCAAAGCAUAAAUUUCUAUAAAACGUAAUUCUUGGACAGGUUUGAAAAAUUGUGCCUUUAAUUUGUUUCAGAUAUAAUUUACUGUAGCAAAAUUAAUAAAUUAAAGUAUUGCUGGAAAAACUGAAUACUGUAUUGCUGUCAUUACGGCAUUUUUCAUUUUUAAUUCCCGAAAUUUACAAAUU